AUGAAUGAUAUAACUACACCUAUAUUUCAUAAUGAAAAUGAUAAUACAUUAGCUAGACCACAGAAUACACAGAAUGAACCUAUUGUUCCAACAACAACAUCAUCAUCAACAACUACUUCAACAUCAACAUCAACAACAUCAGCAACUGGUAACAGCAACAACACUAAUAAUAGAAAUAGUUUAAAUAGUAGUACUGGUAGUAAUAAUAGUAGUAGCGGCAAUACAACCAAUGAAACAACAAUUGAAAGUACUAAACUUAGAUUAUUAUUUGAAUAUGAGAAGCUAAAAGAAAUAAAUUUACGUGGAUUAUAUGUUAUUCCUUCUUUGAAUUCAAUAUUUGAAUGGCACAAUGUAUUAUUUAUUAGAAAUAGAGUAUAUAGAUCUUCAGUUAUUAGAUUCUUAAUUAUUAUACCUGAUGACUAUCCAAACUCAUGUCCAUCAGUUAAAUUUCAAACACCAGUGUUUCAUCCAUUGGUUGGUAUGGAUGGUGAAUUUGAAUUGCAACAUCAUUUCCCAGAUUGGAAAGCAGAGAAAUACAUGAUUCCUCACAUUCUGUGUUAUAUAAAGAAUAUCUUCCACAACCCUGAAAAGUUUGAUUAUCCUCCACUCAAUCCUGAAGCUGCUAAAUUAUUAAAAGAAGACUAUGAAGAAUUUUUAAGAAAGGUAUCACAUUUCGUAAAGCUAUCAAUACAGAAUGUCUAUGAGAAUCCACAAUUUUCAUCGAUUGUCUUCGCACAAGAGUGGAAAGAUAAAACACAAUUUGAAAACACAAAGAACAAUGUACUCAAGAGAGAUACCACCGUAUUAGGAAAAAUUAGACAAAUGGAGUAUCUAGAUUUCUCUCCAUCUGAUUCUUUUCAGGCAGCAGUCGAUGAUUCAUGGGUUUUAAGUGCAACUUUUUUAGUUUUCUUCACUCAAGCAGGAUAUUGUAUGCUUGAAGCAGGUGUAGUUAGGGCAAAGAAUGCCAAAAGUAUAAUUAUAAAAAGCAUUAUAGAUACAGCAUUUGGAUCACUGAUAUUUUGGGCGGUUGGGUUCGCAUUUGCAUUUGGACAUAAUAAUAAUCCGUUUUUGGGUACAUCACAUUUCUUUUUGAUUAGAUAUGAUAAUUUAGCAUUUUUUGCCUUUCAAUGGGCAUUUUCAACGACCAGCAUCACUAUUGUUAGUGGUUCGCUGGCAGAACGAGUACAUAUAAAUAGUUGUUUGAUAUAUACGGUGGUGAUGUCCGCCAUCAUCUAUCCGAUCACCGCACAUUGGGUGUGGUCGAAAGACGGAUGGCUGCGACUCAUCGGAACCAAUGGAAUCGUUGAUUUCGCUGGUGGUGUAGUUGUACAUAUGGUGGGUGGUGCCGUCGGCUUGAUGGGAACAUACAUUGUCGGUCCGAGAAUCGGUCGGUUCGACUCGGAGAGUGGCAAGCCGAAGCCACUGCCCGGCCACAGCAUCACCCUGUCGACACUGGGCGCCUUUAUCAUUUGGUAUGGAUUCUACGGUUACAAUACAGGAUCGACACUGGGAAUCUCGAUGGGUCGUAUGGCUAUUGCCUCGCGAUCCGCCGUCACCAUGACCAUCUCGGCAACGGCAUCGUGUGCCACCACGCUCAUGGUCAUCAAGCUGUUUAGCGGCAAGUACGACGUCAACAAGUCUGUGAAUGGCUUGCUGGGCGGACUGGUGUCGGCGUCGGCCAGUUGCUCGAUGGUCGACCCAUGGGCGGGUUUUGUCAUUGGUUGCGUCAGCUCGUUCGUUUAUCUCGGCACAUCGAAGCUGCUGCUGAAGCUGCGCAUCGAUGACCCUCUCGAUUCCGCACCGAUUCAUUUCUCAUGUGGAAUGUGGGGAGCCAUCAGUGUUGGACUGUUUGCCACACAGAACGAUCUGGAGAAGCUACUGGUCAGACCGACCAACAGCUACGGACUGUUCUACGGUGGUGGCGUAGAGCAACUCGGUGUUCAACUUCUCGGUGUCGUUUGUGUUGCACUUUGGUGUUUUUUGAUAUCGGGCAUACUAUUUGUGCUCAUGAAACGUUUCAAUCUUCUUCGUAUAGACCCAACUCGAGAACUAAUGGGUAUAGACAUGGAUCAGCAUGGUGGUCCUGCAUACCCAAAUUUUCAAAAUAUUUAA